AUGGCCAUGGCCAUGGCCAUGACCAUGACCAUGCGUCUUCCGCCAGUCCCUCCGCCAGUCCCCUACUUUCGCGACCCCACGGACCUGCCCGGCCCCCUCCCGACCGCAGAGGAAAUCAGCGAUGGACUAUCCAAGUCCGACAUGUCUCUCCGGCGCAGCAUUCAGGGUAGUGAGGGAGGCGUCUGCGUCGUCCGUGACAUGUUCGUCGUCAAGGCCGGACACAUGGUGACGGAAAACGAAGGGUCCACGCUCUUGUUUCUCGAACAGCAAUGUCCCGGUAUCCCUAGCCCCCGGCUGUACGCCAUGUACCGUAAGGAAUCCUCCGGACAGCUCUGUCUAGUCAUGGAGUAUCUGCCGGGCGUCGACCUGAGGUCGCUCUGGACCUCACUCUCACUGGACAGCAAGUCGUCCAUCGCCUCGCAGCUGCGGUCCAUGACAGCACAGAUGCGAGCGCUCACGCCGCCCGACAGGUUCAUCGGCGGUGUCUGCGGCGGCCCCCUGCACGACCCGCUGUUCUCCACAGUCAAACCCGACCGCACUGUCAACGGCCCGUUCGAGGCCGAUGACCAGGUCGGACUGGCGCUUGCCACAGCAUCCAAGCGCAACUGGGAGAACAGCGACCACCACUCGUGGUUGACCGACUACUUCUUGCGCCACCUUCCCGUCGCGCUCAGAGGUCACCGUGUCACAUUCACGCACGCAGACCUGAACAGUCGCAACAUCCUCGUGGAGAAGGUGCCACUGGAAAUGGGCUUGGAGCGCGGGGCCGAGACGACCGGACUAUCACCGUCAGGGCCAUAUCGGAUCACCGGUAUCGUGGAUUGGGAGUCGGCUGGGUGGUAUCCGGCGUAUUGGGAAUAUGCCUCGAUGGUGGGGCGGUUUCAUUGGGACAGCGACUGGCUGGAGACCGUGGACGCCGUUAUGGAUCCCUACCCGCUGGAAGCAGCAAUGUUCUUGUUAAUCAUGCGGGACCUGGGCUUUGCAUAG